CUGAUUGGUCCGUUGUUAAGUAUGAUUGACACUCCAGAAAGGCCCAUGUGCCAUUAUCAUGAUGUCAUGUCAUUGAGAUUACACACACAUACUCACACCUACACCCCGCCCACAUAUACAACCACACACUGUAGACCUAUAUACAGUGUUUUACAACUACAACAAAUAACGACACAGACGCAUCGUACGCUACUGGUUAAUGAAUGUAACAUUAACGAUCUAGGCAAAUAUUAAUAUUUUCACUGAAGUGUUCCUUUGCAAAGAGUGUAGCCCUGUGUAUUCAAUUGUGACCAAUUUCAGGAUUUCCUAUUUAAGGCCUUCUAUCUGUAAAUGAUUGAUAAGAUUUCAUUAAUGUUAACAACAGGGUGCCACGCUAGAGAAAGUCACUUCCGGGGCAAAUCAUGCCAUCAUGGACCUAUUAUGCCAUCAUGCAUCCUGACUGGAAAUUCCCGAGAGACCUCUUUAUAAUAGGCCAACAUUCGCAAUUUCUUUCGAGUUCAAUGUAGCCAGAACCUAAAAGAAACAGUUUUGGGAGCGACUUUUUCACGGUUUUAUAUAUAAUACAUUAUUUUGAUCCUGCAUAUAAGCGCAACAUGUGUGAAGCCCGAAAUCAGUCGCUGCUGCUCAGUGAGCUAAGGCAGUACAGAAUAAAGUAUGUAGACAUUCCACCUGAUGAGCAAACUCGAGCCAAAGCAAUCGUGCAAGAUAUCAAGCAAAAAUUUCAACAAUACAACAGUGGAUCACCAUACAAUUUUAGACAAAUCUUCCAUCAGGGGAGCUCAUAUGAGGGGUUGAAGGUGAUAAAGGCAGAUGAGUUCGACCUUUUGGUUCCUCUUAACUUAAACAACCAUGACUGGAUAAUCGCUACUUCAAGUCAACAGGGAACGUCAGGUUAUUAUAUGAUCACAAAGCAGCACGGAUCAACUGUUACAACGUGUGAUAAUUUUACCGAGCAAGGUGGAUUAAUUCCAGCAAAAGUACGGCAGAACAUGCAGUCGGUGGUCCAAAGAGCCGUCAACAGCAUGAGCGGUAGAAAUUUUAGUAUCAACCUCAGACCUACUGGCCCAGCCAUCACUCUACAUGUCGUCUACGAUUACGGCAAAGAAUUGUCCAUCGACAUUGUUCCUUGUUUGCAGCUGAACGGUCGAAGUUUUGUCGCCAAAAGCCCUCCUAAUUCGUUAAGAAAUACCAAAAGUAACGUGUAUGAUCGUAUGUGGAGAGAGAGUUUCUCCGAGCAAGAGAAGGCAAUAAUCACUCAAAUGGAUGAGAUGAAUGAAUGCCGUCGAGAUUGCUUAAAAAUCCUUAAGACAAUCCAAAAGAAGAGAGGAGUAUCGCAACUUGGAAUGUUGUCGUCAUAUCACCUGAAGACUUGCUUGCUGUAUCUCAACAACGAUCGGCCUCAUCUUAGAUGGCAUCAGAACGACUUGGCCGACAGAUUCAGGGAUCUAGUGAAUACAUUGAUGGAGUUCCUUGAAAAUCGUAACAUGCCAAACUUCUUUUGCAGAUCAGUGAAUCUGUUUGACCGAUAUGAUACUGACUCACUGAAGAACAUUCUCGGCUGGUUGAGAAGGGUUAUGCGAAGCGAUGAGAGCAUUAUCAAUCAUCUGCUACAUGAAAGUUUCCGAUGUGAAAGUGGUUUUAUGGAGCCUAAUUCAAACUUUGACAUUUUUGUAGUCAAUACAGAUGGUAAAACCAUUAAUUACCGUAACAUGCAGAGAUCUACUACUGUGAGACAACUAAAAGUCGAGAUAUCAAAAAAGGAAGGUAUGCCUAUAGACCAACAGCGAUUGACAUUUCAAAGCACACCCCUAGAAGAUGGUCAAACAUUGGAAGACUAUGGCAUCCAACAGGGGAGUACAAUUUAUCUGCUUGGGAGACUGCGGGGUGGAAUGGUGGAAAUAGUCACCGAAUUUAUAACAUACCUUACAAUGUUUUGAAAUUACGAGGCGAUUAAUGAAAUAUAUUAUUUCUAAAUACUAUAUAUAUGUGUAUAUUUACAUAUAAAUGUAAAUGUAUGCCUAUAAAUAAAUAAUUAAAAUUAAUUCAAAAUAAGAAAUCAGAAAAAAAACCGCUACGUGUACACUCUGCAGGUGGAAAACGGCGCUGUGAGCACUCUACCAAUAGAUAAAUACGUGCGCCUUAUAAGAUGACAUUAUUAUUAUUAUUAUUAUUAUUAUUAUUAUUAUUAUUAUUAUUAUUAUUAUUAUUAUUAUUAUUAUUAUUAUUAUUAUUAUUAUUUAUAAAUCAUGGUGCAUAUCGAAGCCCUCUUGCGGUAAUGCUGUAAUAAAAAAUGUUGAACGUUAGUUCUAAAGAUUGAUCUGCGAGUGUAAAAUAGGUUGCCCCCAACCACCGGGAUUCGAACCCGGAACCUUCUGCUGUUUAUGCAGAUGACCUAACCAAAUAUUUAGAUAUAUUAGUUUUUAAUUUAUUAAUUUGUAAUUGUAAUUGUAGCGUUUUGUAUCCAAAAAAAAUGUCGCGGUACAAAAAUUACAUACAUACAUGGUGUAUGAUUGUUACUGAUGUUUUGUAAUUGGCGUGACGUGGUGUAUGUACAUUAUAUACUAUAUUAAUAUUGAGUUAUUUAGAAAGCCUCUUGAUAGGCCUGGGCUAAUAACCAGGCAUUCAGCGUGUACUAGGAAUACUAUUUUUGUAUUAGGCCUGUAGAGCCUAUACAUAUUUUGGUAGUUGAUAUUUGUCUGAAAAAUAAAUAUAUGAUUAAAUGUUAA